AUGCCAAAAGCGGAAAAGGGCAGCGUGAAGGACAUUGCCAAUCGGAUGAAAUCCAGAGGCCUUCAAAAACUCAAGUUUUAUUGCCAAAUGUGCGAAAAGCAAUGUCGCGAUGCCAACGGUUUCAAAUGUCAUUUGACUUCCGAUGCUCAUCUUCGUCAAAUGAAGAUCUUUAGUGACAAUGCGGGAGGGAUCAUGGACAAGUUCUCCAAAGAAUUUGAACGCUCGUACAUGCAAACCCUUCGCACCCGACACGGCACCAAGAAGGUCAAUGCCAACAACGUCUAUCAAGAAGUCAUUUCCGACAAGGGACACAUCCACAUGAAUGCUACCCACUGGACCACAUUAAGUGAAUUUGUGCAGUAUUUAGGAAAGUGCGGAAAGUGUGUGGUGGAAGAGACGGAACGUGGAUGGGAUAUAUCGUACAUUGAACGCGAUGUGGGCAUUUUGGCACGACGCGAAACCUUGCAGCGUAGAGAAGAGGCUGAAAAGGCAGCCGAAGCGGCAGAAGCGCAACGAAUGGCACUCCAACGAAUCGAAGCGGCCAAGGCGUUGGAUCGCGCGGGAGGAACCGUGCACAUGGAAGCGACUUCGUUGGAACGGAACGGUGACAGCAAGCAAAUCAAAGUGGCCUUGACGUCCGCUAAUACUUCAGGAGGAAUCAAAUCUAAAGUCAAGAAAGCUUCCGUAUUUGGUGAAGAUGAAGACGACGAAGAGGACGAAGAAGAAGAGGGGCCACCAAAACUAGCACCACCUGUAUUCAACAUGCCAGUAGCUCCCGCCGUGUCAAACAACAACAACAAGAACAACAACAACAAGAAGAACAACAACAAGAGGCAAUCCUCUAGCCUCAAAGAGAAGGACGAAAAGUCAUUGAAAAAAGCCAAAACGAAAUCGACAUCCUCUUCUUCGGACCGAAAGGACUAUUGGCUGCAUCGAGAUAUACUGGUCCGGGUCAUUACCAAAAACUUUGAUGGAAAGUAUUUCAAACGAAAGGCAGUGGUGGACCAAGUCAUUGAGAAGUAUGCGGCACAAAUAGAAAUAUUAGACUCCAGCAAGGAUGCCAAGGAUGGUGGAGCUGUAUUGCAAUUGGAUCAAGAUGACUUGGAGACUGUAAUUCCAAAGCAAACUGGCAAAAAGGUCCGGAUUCUUAAUGGUCGGUAUCGAGGCGAAAAGGCUAUCGUAGUAGACUUGAACAAGCAGGACUAUGUGGGAGUAUUGGAAUUACCGAAUGGCAAAAUUGUCAAGAGGGUCCCGUACGAAGAUUUUUCCAAGAUUGCAUGA